UUGCGCGCGUUACCGUCACCCGUUUUGUGCGUGCGUACCGUUUAUUGUAAAUCCGGUCGACCGCUACACUGUUGUUGUCAGUUUUCUUAACGUCCGUUUAUUUAUUAUUUUUUUUCUCACUUUCCUCAACGGUUUUUUUGCUUCUCUUCAGUCUUAACCCAUUAGUCAGUUAAGUCGUUAGCCCAAAGACAUCGCGUGUAUUGUCACGACCGAAACUCACAUUGCACGUACCGUUUACGUAUAUUAACCGACGACAAAAAUGGCUGGAGGAAAAGCAGGUAAAGAUUCCGGAAAAUCCAAGGCUAAAGCGGUGUCCAGGUCGGCCAGGGCCGGAUUACAGUUCCCAGUUGGCAGAAUUCAUCGUCACUUGAAGAAUCGUACUACUAGUCAUGGUCGUGUUGGAGCUACUGCUGCCGUCUAUAGUGCAGCCAUUUUAGAAUAUUUGACUGCUGAAGUGCUCGAGUUGGCUGGCAAUGCUUCAAAAGAUUUAAAAGUAAAACGUAUUACACCUCGUCACUUACAGUUAGCCAUUAGAGGAGAUGAAGAAUUAGACACACUCAUAAGAGCAACAAUUGCGGGAGGAGGUGUGAUCCCACAUAUCCAUAAGUCCCUCAUAGGCAAAAAGGGAUCUCAAAAACCCCAGUAAUGUUCACUCGCUGCAUAAGACUUUUAAUUAAAUGUAUUGAUUAAUUUUUUUUUUUAAUUUAAGCUAAACAAAUUUGGUUUUCUUAAUUUGACAACUUUAAUUCUUUGCAUCAUGCGAUAUUGUAAUUUACAAAAUUUAUUCCAUUUGCUACUUUUGUGUGAGUGUUCUAUAAGAUAUAUACUGGCAUGAUUUUUUUUUUAUUUUAUUAAGAAAAAUAAAACUUACUUUUUUUAAUGUCAACACUUCUUUAAUAUUGUAUUAAUUGAGGAAUUUAUUGACUACAUAAAAUUUAGGGUGUACAAUUUUUCGUUGUAUUAUUCAUUUGAAGUAUAAAAUAUAUGCAUUUUUUUUUUUU